AUGGUGGUACACUCCAAUGCCCAACGUUCUGGUGUCGGGGAAGGGCUGCAAGUCUCUGAGUUUGCGAAGGCGGAGUGGAGAGAAGAACGCUUCGUAGUUCUCGUAAAAAAUCACAAGACCGGUGCCGAUGGUCCAGCACCUGUGGUCCUAACCACAGAGACCCACGACCUAAUGAAGAGAUAUCUAGAGGUGUUUCGACCUUUCGCGGCGGCGGAGAACCCUGGGAAGGACGAAGGGGCGUUCUUUUUGACAAGGGCAGGGACUUCAAUUCAGUCAAGCCGAAUUUCCUCAAUCUUUGCAUAUCAGGGGAGAAAAUAUGGUCGAGUUGAGAAGGGACGGCUUUUCCUUUCCAAGUUUUGGCAGGUUGCGGCGUCGUCUUUUCGCAAUGAGUCUGAUGAGAGCCGCACAGACCUUUGUAAUCUGAUGACGCACAAGAUCCAGACCCAAAAGCAAUACUAUGUUUUGGAGGACAAGAUUGAGCGGUCUGUAAGUGCUCAGAAGAGUCUCGCAGAGCGAUUCCAAUGCUCUAAUAAGCCACCAAGCGAACUUUCAGAUGCUGCGUCUUCACAGAGCAACCGUCCAACUGGCCGUCCUACCAUACUUGACGAACAGCAAGAGGCUGAACUUCUAACAUUGUUUGAGAGAGAGAUCAAGAACAAGCUGGUAAUCAACAAGGACCUGGUAGGCGAACGAGUACAGACAAGCAAAACACUGCAGGGCCUAGACAUCAAAAAGAUUUUCAACCGCAUUCGCUAUCUGUCCUCUCUUGAGCCAAAUCCAGAGCUCCCAACAGCUUCUUCAGACGAGGACAGAACCGCUAAGUGGGUGGAUGACAAUUCCUCCGACAUAAUCCCACCGACUGCUCAAGGGGAGCUCCAUGGGUACGCGGAAGUAUUGGUCAACUGA